AUGAAUGAAGAAUUAUUUGUAGGUUUGCAAAAAUCACUCUGGUUGAGAAAAUCUGGCCUUCUGAGAAAUUGAAACGAUGUCUCCAGUAGAAUAAAUUUGAAAAUUAUUCUAAAGUUUUUGACUAAUAAAGAAAAAAACUCCAUGAAACAACGUCUAAAAAUGAUCAAUUUUUUUCAAUAUAAAUUUAUAUACUAACAAAUUUCUUGGUCGUGUGACAGAGAAAGUUUUUUUAUAAUUGUUUUUUUCAGAGCUUUGGUGAACAGUUACUCGACAUGUUUACAUCGAAGCUUCGAAAAUCUCACGUGACAAUGUUUUUUUGAACACGCGGCGAACCAUGAAAGUCUACUGAAACAGUCGAAAAGUGUAUUAAGAUUGUUAAGAAAACUUAAUGUUUUUAUUGAAUAUUCUUAUGCCCUAACUUACAAGGGGAACUCAUUGGAAACAAUGGAUUGAAAACUUAUGAAAUUUCGCUCAAACUCCUCAGUCCGGUAUACAGUGUUCUUUCGAACUAGUCUUUUUUCUUACUUUUCAAAAACGUCUUUUCAAAAAAAAAGGCUAAGUUGCGAUGAAUUAGAAAAAAAAAUUCAAAUUGAAAACAGUAUACACAAUGCAAAAUCACUGGGAAUGCCACUUAUUUGUUUUUGUGUUUUUCAAGAAUUACAAAGCCAUUGGCAUCAGAUCUAAAAAUAAAUUUUCUAUUUUUAUAUCGAAAAUUAUCUUCGGAGAACUCAUUUAUUCCUUCACUUUCAGGCACCUAAAUUUAAGAUGAGAAGAUGAUUCAGGGGUCGAUGACGUCAUCCAAGUCCUUCCUGAAAAAAAAAUGUCGUUGAUCUACAUUGAAAUGGGAACACCACGCUGUCUGUGAGUAACCUUAAACAAACAAUCGCAAAACGACUGAGGCGAUUUCUUUAGGGGCGGGUUAAAAGAAGCGUUAUCAGCCUCUGACGUCAAUCUUAGAUUUCCUCACAAAACUUCAUUUAUAAGCACGAGGUCGAGCAACAACUUCACACCAUUUUCUCAUCUUUUUCCCAAGUUUGUUUAAGGUUCAUCUUAACCUUUAAAGCUGACUGCGAAGUUUCCGUCUUAAAUAUUUUUUGUAAAGACUGAUUUUUUCUAGACCAAAAGGUUCGAUAAAAUUUUUGAAGAAGUUUUUUUUUUUUUGAGUAAAGAUUUUUUUUUUAAUUUUCAAAGUUAGUCACUUUCAAGCGCACUAUCCAUUCUAUUACUUGCUGCCUCUUCCGCUCAAUUUUUUUUUAUUGGUUGACUAACAUCCGUUUUGCUGGAUUCAACUAUAUGGAAAUUUCAGAGAAUGUCGUACAAUCCUUACAACAACGGCUGCCACGGAGGUUACGGUGGAGGAUAUGGCGGAGGCUACGGUCACGGAGGACCUUAUGGAAACGGUCCUUACGUACCUCCACCUAUGCCUUACGGACCACCUACGCAUGGCAGCUAUCAUCAUUAUCAUCAUCACCAUAAUCCCAUUUCCAACUUCGCUCAUAAUAUCACUCAUCCUUUCGAGGACCGCCAUCAUGGAGGACACCACCAUCACCAUCAUCACGGACAUUAUUAAUCAACGUUUAGUGAUAAAAAGUCGUAUCUGUUUGUAA